AGAGAGAGAGAGCUGAAAGCUUAAAACUACCCACCACCACAGUUGCCUUACAAACCACGUUUCUUGCUCUCCAAAAACCAGUAUUUAGGGAGUUCUGUUUCUCCCUACACUUUUUUCUUAGUUUUUAACAACACCUUUCAAUCUCUCAGUUUUUAAGACCAGAUUUUCAGUAUUUAGCUUUCUCUCUCCCUUAUUUAUUGUUUUAAGGUCUUAGAUAUCAUUUCAUUCAGAGUAUCUAAGACCUCUAAUAUCUUCCAACUUUUUUUUUUGGUGCUUAUGAGCCUUUGGUUCUUUUAGGUUGGUCUCUCUUUUUGGUUCUCUGUGUGUGUAGGAAAAAAAAUUCACAAGUUUAGAAAGAACCCACUUUGGGUUUUGGGAACUUUUGUUUCUUUUCUCUAUUGAUUUGUGAAAAAUCAGCGUUUAUUUAUCAGAACCCAUUUGGGAUUCAGAGAAAACUUUCUUGUUUGUUUUCUUAUUAUUUUUUGUCUUUCCUGGUUUGAUUGCUUUAAAAACAGAGGGGUUUUAGAGAGAAAGUUGCAGGGCAUGGAAAACACUUCUGUGCUUAGUAAGGAAGAAGAGAAUAUAGAAUUGCCUCCGGGGUUUCGAUUUCAUCCAACUGAUGAAGAACUCAUAUCUCACUACCUAUCCCCAAAGGUUCUCAACAACCGGUUCUGUGCUAAAGCCAUCGGGGAGGUGGAUUUGAACAAGUGUGAGCCUUGGGAAUUGCCUCGUAGAGCUAAAAUGGGGGAGAAGGAGUGGUAUUUCUUCUGUGUGAGAGACAGAAAAUACCCAACAGGUUUAAGAACCAACAGAGCGACAGAAGCUGGGUAUUGGAAAGCCACAGGCAAAGAUAAGGAAAUUUACAAGGCCAAAACACUGGUUGGGAUGAAGAAGACUCUGGUUUUCUACGAAGGAAGAGCUCCAAAAGGUGAAAAGACCAACUGGGUCAUGCAUGAAUAUAGACUUGAAGGGAAAUACUCUGUUUACAAUCUCCCCAAAACAGCAAAGAAUGAGUGGGUGAUUUGCAGAGUGUUCCAAAAAAGUUCAGGUGGGAAGAAAACACAUAUUUCAGGGUUGAUGAGGUUGAGCUCCUAUGGAAGCGAAUACCGUCCGUCUUUGUUGCCUCCAUUAAUGGACUCUCCUCCAUAUAACAACGAGAACACAGGAACCAGUACUGUCGGCAAGACAUCUCACGUGACCUGCUUCUCCGACCCAAUGGAGGAUCAGAAAAUUCAUCCGAAAGAAAUAUUCGAUAGCUUCAACAUCAUUAGCAACAAUAACAAUCCUCUUUUAGCUUCUUCUUCUUCUUCCUCAAACCCAAGUGAUAUUAUUUCCCCUGCUUCUUUCCAAUUCGCAUCCAAAAACUCUGUUCCAAUUCCAAACCCAUUGUCAUACACUAACCAAAUCGCAACCAGCUUUGGAAAUUUGCAGUACCCAGAAUCUUUUCUGAUGCAAGACCAGUCCAUCUUGAAGAUGUUGCUUGAAAACCAUGCACCAAACAUGAAACGCAAUUCCAGAACAGAGUUCUCACAGGGCACAGGUGGUCUCAGUACUACUGAUAUGUCUUCGGCCUUGUCCAACCACCAUGACAUGGUUCAGAGGUCGUUUGAGGAUCAAGAUGAUCCUUCUUCCUCUGUUGGUCCUGUGGACCUCGACUGUUUGUGGAAUUACUGAGCUUUUGUUGAUGAUGAUUGAAGAAAUAUCGUGAUGAAGAAGAAGAAGAAGAAGAUUAGAACAAGGAAAACAUUUUCGAGGACUUAAUUAUAGUGUCUGUGGUGUCAGUAUGUGUGUGUGUGUGUAUAGAUUUUUAUUAAAGAAGAUUUUUAGGAAUUUUUUAAGCAAAUGAAAUGCAUGUAAUAUAGUGGGAUUCAAUUACAUUCACAAAUUUCUUCUUCUCAUUAGCUGGUGGCUUUAGAAAUUAUCAAAUUUGCUUUGUAUACAACAUUCAUGACUUGGAAUUAAAUAUCCCGAAUUGCACAAA